GCAUCGGCGCAUCCUGGCGUGCCUUACGUACGAACGCGACUGCACGUUGUUGGGGCACGAAGGAGUCAAGAAACGUACCGCACGUGAGGCACGCGAUUGUAGGAUAUCUUCGGCUUCGUUCGCACAAGACGCGUAAAACGCAGUGGAGUCGCACUUGGUGACCAUGGCCAAACAUUUCGUGACGUUACUGUGGGUGUCGGCGGCAUUGACCGCGACCCUGGCAUUGCCGACCAGCGAGAAGGUCAGCGGAAGUGAGAACGACCUGAUGACGAACAUAUAUGCCGACUGCCUGAAGAAGGAGUCCAUCAACUGCAUCAAGUACAAAGUAUUUACCUUUGUCGACAAGAUGCUGGCCGAUAAGGAGGAUAUCACGCUGUCCGAGGGCAUCACCGUCGUAAAGACGUCCAACGCCGAGGGCGAGGGUGCGCCCAGAUCUAUCGAAUCCAGCGAUUUUGAUACGCUCUUAUUCGAUCGUCUUGGAAGAUUCUUAAGGACGCAUUCCGUGAAAGUUGACCUCAAGGGCAGCGACAUUUUGGGAGCGAUCGAGUCUGCUGGGCGCAGCUUCGAGGACUUUAGCGAUAACGCUGUCGAGAGUCGUGGAAAAAAGAAGAAGGCGCAGAAGAUCCUAGGACCUCUAAUGCUCGCCAUAGCCCUGAAAGCGGCCGCUUUAUUGCCACUGGCCCUCGGCGCGAUUGCCUUGAUAGCCGGUAAAGCCCUGCUCAUUGGCAAGAUCGCCCUCGUGAUCUCGGCCAUCAUCGGACUGAAGAAGCUCCUUGGUUCUCAUCAAAAGCACGUGACCUACGAAGUAGUUUCGCACCCUCACCACAGUAGCAGUCACGUUGUCAGCCACGACGAUGGUGGCCACGGUGGUGGUGGAUUCAGCGGCGGCGACUAUGGUGGUGGUUAUGGCAGCAGCGGACACGGAUGGGCAAGGAGUUUACCGCAGGACGCCCAUGAGAUCGCCUAUCGCGCCCACCAACCCCAGGCAUAAGCUUAAUCCGUAGCAUAGAAAGUUUCUCCAUCUUGUUUCUUGCAUUUCUCUUCAACGACUUCAACGAUGUUCCCUUUCGUUCCACUUGCGUUCGCUUCACUCUUUCUCUCACACAUUUUUUCAUUAUCUCCUCCCUCUCUCACUUAUGCUACUCGUGUACAAAAAUACCUAGUCUAUCUUGUAUUCGAAGAAAAAUUGCCGAUAUCCAUCUAGUUUUUUCGCGAUGUCCACUAUGAAAUUAUUCAACUUGAAAUCUCUCCGAAUCUUUUUAUUCUAUUUCUUUAUAUUUAUAUGGUCUUCUACUUUUUCUAUGUGAUUCUCUUCUUUUUUUUCUUUUCGCUUUAUUCUACAUAACGGUCGAUUUAUCCCGCGGCCAGUCACCAGUACCUCUGGAAAAUGCUCAUUGUUUUAUGUAUGUAUAUUUAUGCGAACUUUCGUUAUUUAUUCGUUACAUCUUAUAUUAAUAUUUAUUUGAUGUUUGACUGUGUGCUUCCAUUGACAUCUCUUGUUUUCUUUUAUAAUAAAAAAACGACAAAUGUCAGACAAUUCCUUAGUCUUGUUCCAAUAAAAGAGACUUUAAUGCCUGCAGCUUCCGUCGACGAGAACAACCCAAUGUUUCCUUCUCGUAAGAGUGACCGCUGUCCGUGGCCGAGUAUUUCUAUUUAUACAACGUUGCACUUGCACUUGUAAUCAUAAGGCGUAACGUAAGACCAUGAAAUACGCUCUAUUGAGUUUGAAACAGCGAUCGCGUACCGGAUACGGAGCAACGUACUAUAUUUUCCAUACAUAAAUAGAUAUGUAGUGGAAAUAAAAUAAAGCUCACAGGAGAGAGAGCAUGAGCGAAAGUAGUCAAGGAAUGCGCAGUACGGCCGCUUUAUUACUCAGGAAUUCGAGCUAUAUGUAUAAUAUAUACGAGAUUUUGUAGUAAUUUAUACGAUUGAUACGGUAUACAUUUUAUAUCUUCGGAGCUCCCUUCAUAUUCCUCACAUUGCUCGUUCUUUUUCUUAUUAUUAUGAGUAUUUCAAGA